UCAGCAUUUUAGCACCAGCCUAAGCACCAUCCCCAUAGGGCAUGCGAAGUAAAGGCCCAAGUGGGUCAUGCGACAUGCGUGCUUCCUUCUUUCACUUUUGAAACGUAUUCAAACGAAAAGGUUGUAGAUUAAAGUCAGUGUGUCGUGGUGUUAGGAAAAGAAUGGCCAAUGCAAGUUUAACCAAAGUAAAUGACCAGUACUGGGCUUCAGUUCAGAACAAGGUUAAAGAUUGGAUUCAGAAAACCGAUGCAGCAGUAUUAGUUUUAUAUAUUCCACAGCCAACAAAGCGUAAUCCCAUCCCCACUUUAAAGUUUGAAGGGUCAAGGAAGCUGAAAUGGGUGGUUGAGUCUGAUGAAGUGAGGAGUGUCAUCAGUCUGGCAUGUACUGGUCCUCCCCCUCCAGUGAAAUUAGUUAAAGAUGAGAUGGCGAACAUCGUCAUUCAACCAUGGACGAUGCAGGUGAAGAGGUGUAUUAUCUCUAACUUGGUUAGGCAUUAUAUGGAAUUGAAGUAUGAUAGGAAGAGGGAUAUUUGGGGGUAUCCAUCCCUUAAACCAGAGUGGUGGCCAGAGGAAAUUGAGUACAUUUCCCCAAAUGAAAGACGGACUGUUGACAAACCAUUGAGUAAUAUUAAGAUGGAUCAGAUUCUUGAUUCAUACGUAGAGUGGAAGAAUUCAAAUGGUAGCAGUAGUAAGGAUUUUAAAGAAGGAAGUGGAGAGGUAUUGGAGGAGGUAAGUGGCAGUGAGGAAGUCAUUCCAGGUGCUUCAAAUGAAACACCUGGUAUGAAUUCUUCUCUGCCUGCCUCUCCAACAUUGAGUGUUGGAGAGGGUUUCUUUUCAGGUGAUCCAGGGAGUAUGGAUGAGGAAAGAACUGAGUCUGAAAUGGAGAUGACACACGAUCCAGCAUAGUUAGA